CGUAUGGCUCUUGGUUUAUACUGGGUCGUGUGUCUGGUAUUGUGAUUGGCCGCUGGGGCUUAAUCCCCCCGUAGUGGGCGGGGCUUUCUAUAGACACAAGGGAGAUGCACUCUGGAGUCACUCAACCGGGGAGGAAACCAACUUGUGUCCAGAAUUUAUUAAUUCGUGACAUUUGCGAAGAACCAAAAUGGCGAGCACAUUCACCCGUAUGAUCGCCGGCCGUUACCCUGCCGCGCUCCUGGCGAGCCUUGGCGCGGGCACCGUGGCAGGUGGCCUCCUGCUGAGCGACAGCGCUCUGUUUGCAGAGGGAAAGAGGAGCCUGUACCCUCCCAGCGCGGACUUCCCUGACCUGAGGAAGCACAGCAACUGCAUGGCGGCGGCGUUGACGCCCGCCAUCUACGCCCGGCUGCGGGACCAGGUGACCCCCCAGAACUGGACCCUUGACCAGUGCAUCCAGACCGGGGUGGACAACCCGGGACACCCCUUCAUCAAGACCGUGGGUGCAGUGGCCGGAGACGAGGAGAGCUAUGAGGUGUUUGCCGAGCUCUUCGACCCCAUCAUCAAAGACAGACACAACGGUUACGACCCCAGAACCAUGAAGCACCCCACCGACCUAGAUGCUUCCAAGAUCACCAACGGGGUGUUUGACGAGAAGUACGUGCUGUCGUCCCGCGUGCGCACCGGACGCAGCAUCCGCGGGCUGAGCCUGCCUCCGGCGUGCUCGCGAUCCGAGCGCCGCGAGGUGGAGCGCGUGGUAGUAACGGCGCUGGCCGGCCUGAAGGGGGAGCUGGCGGGUCGCUACUACGGCCUGGGAGACAUGUCCGACAAGGAGCAGCAGCAGCUCAUCGACGAGCACUUCUUGUUUGACAAGCCAGUGUCUCCCUUGCUCACCUCGGCCUUCAUGGCCCGAGACUGGCCUGAUGCCCGAGGCAUCUGGCACAACCACGAGAAGAACUUCCUGAUCUGGGUGAAUGAGGAGGACCACACCAGGGUGAUCUCCAUGGAGAAGGGAGGCAACAUGAAGCGGGUGUUUGAGAGAUUCUGCACUGGACUGAAGCAGGUAGAGCAGCUGAUCCACGAGAGAGGCUGGGAGUUCAUGUGGAACGAGCGCCUGGGCUACAUCCUGACCUGCCCCUCCAACCUGGGCACCGGCCUGCGGGCGGGGGUCCACGUCCGUCUGCCCAUCCUGAGCAAGGACACACGCUUCUCCAAGAUCCUGGAGAACUUGCGGCUGCAGAAGAGAGGCACAGGCGGCGUUGACACGGCCGCUACCGGAGACACCUUCGACAUCUCUAACAACGACCGUCUGGGCAAAUCAGAGGUUGAGCUUGUUCAGCAGCUGGUGGAUGGCGUCAACUACCUGAUUGACUGCGAAAAGAAACUAGAAAAGGGCCAGGAUAUUAAAGUCCCUUUCCCCGUUGCUCAGUUUAAGAAGUAUUGAAUUGGCACUCAAUGACUUAUACUUGAGCAUUUCAAGUCCUGUCAUGCUAGUAGCCGCUGUAGCAAUAAAAAGGCCUUCCCAAGUUUCACAUCUCGUUCCAUAGUAAUUUCUGUAUCUGCCCUAUACAGCAAAUCAGAACCUGUUUCAAAGAUAUAAUAUGUGGUUAGUUGGAUGCUUCUACCUCAAAUUAUGCUUGUUACUGUUUAGUUUAGCUCAAUAAAUAUUUCAAUGUUU